AUGUUCAUUUCACAAUCCAAAUUGUUAGAAUGUAAGUUAAUCAUAUUAAUUAUAGAAUGUUUAUUAGACAUUACUAAAUAAGUCUUAAGAGAGUAAAUCGAUCGAGAAAAUAGAGGAGCUGUUCUUAAUCGAAUUAAAGAAAUCACUUUAGAAACCUUCCAAAGACAUUAUUCUGAUGAGAUACAUCUUCUAUAAUAAGAAUUACGUUAAUAAACACAGGCAAAUGACCGUGUCAAAAGAGAAUAUUAAGAUAGAGAAUAAUAAUUAAUAAUAGAUUUGGAUCGUAAAUUGCAUGAAUAAUAGAUUUUGCAAGUUUAAGAAAUCAAGAGACUCUAAUAAUUAUGUGAUGAAUAAACUGAUUUAAACCAUAAACAAUCCUUAAACAUUGAAAAACUAAAUAAACAAAUCAAAGAUUCUCAUCUUACUAAUUAAAAAUUAACUUUAGAACUUUAACAACUUAAGGAUAUUCAUUAAUCUAUUGAUCUAUAAUCAAGGUUUAAAUCUUAGGAAGGAUAGGAAUAUAAAUCUAAAGCAGAAUAAUAUUAAUCUGCCUAUACACACCUCGAAUAACAAUUCAAAUCCUUUAAAUUAGAAUCUGAUAAAUAAUUAAAGGAUUAUUAAAGAAAAUUAUAAACAGUUUAUGAUCAAAAUCUACUCUAAGAAACUGAAAUCUCUAAUCUCAAAUCAGAAAUUGAAUAACUUAAAAUUAAAAAAUAAUAAGAUGCUUAAAAAUAAAAAGAAGCCUUAGAAUCAUUAAAGGAAAAAAGUCAAAACAAAAUUUAAGAAUAUAAGCUUAAAGUGAAAGAUCUAUAAAACAAGGAUUAAUAUAUUAUUGAACUUUAAGAGCAAGUCAAAGAAUUAGAACAAUAAAUUGAAUUCCAUUCCACUUAGCAUAGACAAGGGAUCAAGAUGUUGGAGUUGUAAUACAAAAAAUAAUAUACCAGAUUAGAGGAAAAUCUCGAAUAAGAAAAAUCAGAUUUAUAAUAACAUCUCACAUCAACUUUAGAUUUUACUAUAUUAGAAAAAGAUAAAGAAAUUAUUGGUCUAACUUAGGACAUAAAGCAAUUAAAAAUUUAAUUAUAAAAUGAAUAAGAUUUAAAAUUAAAGAACACUUCAAAAAAUGAAGAAAAUAUUUAAAUAUUAAAGAAACAAAAUGAAGAAUAACAAAAGUAAAUUUCGGAACUCAUCUAAAAAAAUAAAACACUUGAAUAAGAAAUAAACAGGAAAGAUUAGAAUCUCAUAUUAUUAUUAGCUGAUGUUGAUGAUUUGAAAUAAUUUUCAGAAUAAACUUUGAACACUUUAAAAGAGAAUCAAGAUUAUAUGGGCGAAAUCGAAAGAGAAAAAUAAUAACAAUAAGAAAUCAUUUUAUCUAUUCAGCAUUAAUUAGAAAUAGAAAUUUAAGGAUCUUUCUCAUAUCAAAGAUUAGGAUAAGAAUUAGAAUAAAAAUGUAGAUUAUAUAAAGAAGAACAUAAUUUAUUAUUAGAUGAAUAAUUAAAGAAAGAAGCAUAAUAUUAAUAAGAGAUUUAAUUGAGAGAAACCAGAUUUAAACAAGAAAUAGAUAAUUAAAAUACAGAACAUAAAUUAAUUGUAGAAAAUUUUGAAAAUUAAUUGAAAAAAUUGAAGUUAGAAAAUAAGUUACAAAAUGAAGAGUAAAUAAGAUCUUAUAAUACCAUAUAAAAGGAAUUAUUUUAAAAAGGAUAGCAAUGUGAAAAUUUAGAAAAAUAAAAUAAUAAGUUAGUAAAUGAAUUAGAGUAAUACAUAUCUCAAUAUACUCAUAAUUUAUAAUUAUUGGAAGAACAAAAAGUAAAAGAAAAGAAUUUAAUCGAAACUUCAAAUAAAAAUUAAAAUUAAUUAAAUACUGAAAAACAUUAAUUAGGAUUAAAAAUAGAUGAAUUAUAAUUUAAAUAUAGAUCUAUGAAAUAAAAAGUUCAAAGAUUAUUUAUUAGAUAAAAAGAAUAAUUUAAUUUAUAAUUAAUUGAGAUGAAAUAAGUGAUUUUGAAUAAAUUAAAGAAUUAUGAUUCUGAAAGUAGAUAAUUAAUAUAGAGUUUAGUUAAGAAAUUAAACAAUGUAUAAAUAUACUCUAAAUAAUUUAGUUAAUUGAUUAAAGAUUAUAACAAGAAAAGAGAGAGAAUGAAUUUUAAGUAAUUGAAUUAUAAAAAGAGAUGGAAAGGAAGAUUGAGCAAUUAAAGCGAUAAUAUAAAUAAAAUGAAUAAUUAAUACAAGAAGAAGCUCAAAUAAAAUUUAAAUAAAAAUUAUCAUAAAUGUAAUAACAUGAUUAAUCAAUUGAUGAAUUAAAAAAUUAGUUGGAUUUCUAUAUUAAUGAGAAUGAUCAUCUGUAAUAGAAACUUUAAGUAUAAGAUUAAAUUAAUAGAGAAUAAUAGAAAAAAGCAGAAUAUGAGUAAAGAUAACUCCAUUAGACAAUUAAAGAAUUAGAGGAUGAAUUGUAAUAAAUCAAAUUUACUAUCAUGUUAGAAACUAAAUAUAAUAAUCAGCUGAUUAUACUUUGAAGGAAAGAUAAUUUUUAGAAUAAAGAUACAAUGAACUUAAGGAUAAAUCAGAAAAGAAAAUGGAUUAAAUAUAAAGAGAUUAUUAGUAGUAAAUAUAUCAACUUGAAACAAUAAUCUAACCAAUUUAACAAAGAGCCUAAUCUCCUCCUUUGCAUUAACACUCAUUAUCAUCAAGUACAGGAUUCCAUCGUUCACCUCCAUAAUAAAAUAUAUCUUCAGUUAAAUGUAAGAUUUAAUAAAUAUUUUUAUUAAAGAUCCAUAUACAAAACCUCCAUAAUUUAGUAGUCCAUCACUUAGGACACCAAAUAAAUCACCUUCAAAUGAUAGAACUGAUAAAACAAUUGAAGAAUUAAGAGCAGAGAUUUAAUAAUAAAAAGAAAAGCUUUCAAGAAUGAAACUCAAUUUUACAGAAUCUCAAAAAAAAUCUAAAACUUUGUCUAAGUUUUGA